UUUUAUUUUCACGGUGAACAAAGGGCGCAAUGUCUUCCUCAGCAACAGGCGAGCAAUUUUACUUGCGCUACUACUCUGGUCAUUCUGGGCGCUUCGGCCAUGAGUUCCUAGAGUUUGACUUUCGCGUCGUCGGCGACGGAAGAAGCGCAGUCGCGCGUUACGCAAACAAUUCAAACUACCGAAAUGACAGCCUUAUCAGGAAAGAGAUGAGCAUCAGCUCCUUGGUUGUGGACGAGAUCAAGCGCAUCAUAAAGUCCAGUGAAAUCCUUAAGGAAGAUGAUGUCAAAUGGCCACCGAAGAACAAGGAUGGAAAGCAAGAGCUCGAGAUCAAGAUUGGUAACGAUCACAUUUCGUUCGAGACCGCGAAAAUUGGAUCUCUCGUCGACGUCAACGAGUCGGCUGAUCCAGAGGGGUUGAGAGUGUUUUACUACCUCGUCCAAGACCUCAAAGCACUUGUGUUCAGCUUGAUUGCUCUGCAUUUCAAGAUCAAGCCCAUCAACUAAAUUUACCAAUAUACCCAUUAUUGAACCGAAAAUACUUCUGCAGUACGAUUUGUGGUUGGAAGUUACGCAUUCCGUCGGUUGAUCUGCGUUGGAUUAUGCUAUAUCAGCCAGUCAGCCAGGAAUAAGCAAAGCAGGUUACAUGAGGCGAUCCAUGUGGUUUCGGGUAGCAAUGGGGACCAGAAGGCCCGACUCAUGUCUGAAUGGACAAUCGGUUUCUUAAAGGAAAGAUUCAAGAAACACGAGCCUUUCCUGCAUGUAGGAGAAGCUACCGGACGAAAGAGCGGAUAUCAACACCGGUUGAGACCCGAGCUCGGCGCUAGCCGAACGGCACUACUUGAGAACCUUACGGGGUUUACUGAAGAGGAUUCAACCCUGGCGCUUAGAAUAAUAAAUAGCAUUUCAAUCGGAACUAGUCUAGCUAGCUUCUUAGCAUCGCAAGCCUACCUCUUUGCUACCUGGCUAGCACGACACAUUUAGGUGGGCCCGUACGUGGCCGAGUUUAGUGCGAGCGCCUGUUGGAUUGUGUUGCGACGCGACCAACUGACGUCGACAUGCAGUUUGAUUAAUGAUUAAUGAUUAACCGAUUAAUGAAUGGCAAGUAAGAUAAGG